CCAGCUGUGAGCCCGCAAGGAGUGGCAGCUGGGGGCUAUAUAAAGGCAGGGAAACCUCAGCCAGCUCAAAAGAAAGUCUUGGAUCUUGUGUUCUCCCUUCCUCCUGCCUUCACGUGAUUAAGCUUUCCCCACGCCGGGAGCCGAGGACAAGCCUCGCUGUACGAGAUGGCUGCCGGCAGCUGCCUCCUUCUCCUCCUGCUGCCCUCGUUGGUCAUAGCCUUGCACAGCUCUCCUGGCUGUAAGAUCCGGAUUACUUCCAAGGGACUGGACCUGGUGAAGCAGGAGGGGCUGCGCUUUGUGGAGCAGGAGCUGCAGAACAUCACAGUGUCAGACCUGCAUGGAAAUGAGGGGCAGUUCCAGUACAACAUCAGCCAAGUCAAGGUGACAGACCUGCAGCUGGCUUUUGCGGACCUGAACUUUCAGCCCCAGCAGCACCUUGUCUUCAACAUCAACAAUGCUUCCAUCAGCCUACGCUUCCGCAGGCAGCUGCUCUACUGGUUCUUCUACGACAUUGGGUCCAUCAAUGCCUCUGCGGAUGGUGUCCACAUCUACACAGUGCUGCAGUUGGCCAAGGAUGAGGCUGGGCGCCUCAAGAUCUCCAAUAUGACCUGCAAUGCCUCCAUAGCCAGAAUGCAUGCUGGCUUUUCUGGCACUCUCAGGAAGGUCUAUGAGUUCUUGAGCACCUUCAUCGUCACAGGGAUGCGCUUCCUCCUCAGCCAGCAGAUCUGCCCAUCCCUGGAGCAUGCCAGCAUGGUGCUGCUGAACUCUUUGCUGGACACAGUGCCUGUGAGGAACUAUGUGGAUGAGCACGUUGGGAUUGACUACUCCCUCCUACGGGAUCCGUCCAUCUCCACUGACACCCUUGACCUCGACUUCAAGGGCAUGUUCUUCCCUCGGGUGAGAGAGGACCAGGAGCUGGAGAACCACGCGGUGGAGCCGGUGAUUAAGGAGACUGAACGCAUGGUUUAUGUUGCCUUCUCUGAAUAUUUCUUCGACUCAGCCAUGCACUCGUACUUCCAGGCAGGAGUGCUGACCAUAGAGCUCCAGGGGGAGAAGGUGCCCAAGGACCUGGAGGUUUUGCUGAGAGCCACAUUCUUUGGAACAAUCUUCAUGCUGAGCCCUUCUGUGGAUGCUCCGCUGCGGCUCGUGCUGCAGGUCUCUGCUCCUCCCCGCUGCAUCAUCAAACCCUCGGGGACCUCAGUCUCUGUCUCUGCUUUCCUGAACAUCUCACUGGUGCCCCCAGACCGUCCUCCUGUCCAGCUCUCCAGCAUGGCCAUGGAAACCAAGCUGAGUGCCAAGGUAUUUCUGCAAGGGAAGGCAUUGCGUGUGCAGCUGGACCUAAGACGGUUUCGCAUCUAUUCCAAGCAGUCAGCGCUGGAGUCGCUUGCGCUGUUCUCACUGCAGGCCCCACUGAAGACCCUGCUGCAACUGACCAUCAUGCCCAUCAUUAACGAGAGGACAAAGAAGGGGGUGCAGAUCCCACUGCCUGAAGGCAUGGACUUCACCAGGGAGGUGGUCAGCAAUCAUGCGGGAUUCCUCACAGUGGGAGCUGAUCUCCACUUCUCCAAGGGGCUUCGGGAGGUGAUUGAGAAAUACCGCCCAGUGCCAACUGCUUCUGCCUACUCCAGCUCCCAGCCCACAGAGCCCAGCCUGGACCCCAGCUCACUCUAGCUCUCCUCCCUGGACCAAGGGCAGAUCCUGGGCUGGACCCAUAGACUGUAGGUAGGAAGCAGCUUCCCUGGUACCACCAGCACAUUGUCAGGGCUUCCAGGCCCUGGUGGGGCGCAGCAAGGUGGAGAGGGUGCUCUGGGAACCCCUGCUGCACCCCUGCUCAUUACACUAAUAAACCACCUGACUCCAA